AUGGAGAAAGGAUUGGCAACACAACAUUUUGGUUUGCUUAGGGUUAAGAGAGUGCAUCGUUCCAGCUUAUCUCAAUCUCUUUAUCUCAACUCAUCUCGUCGUCGCGAAUCAACUCUUUCAACUCAAGCUGACGUCAUCAUCUCCUUCGGAACACAACCGAUCACUACCUCCGCCUUCUGGCUUCCCAGACAUCGUUCCGCUUCAUUUCGAUGCGAUGGAUUUACUUCUUACAUCGAUCUCUUCUCAGAGCCAUCAUCUCCUUUGUUCGUCUGUUCAGGUUCCACUCAUCUUCUUCAAUCCGCACAAAUGCGCCGCUAUGGACAUGCAUUCAACACCUUCUCCGAUGAAGAUCAUUACGGCAUCGAUAUUCAUCACUUCAUUCUCGAAGCACUGUGUCACUUCUGUUUAGUUUCGCCGAGUUUUUCAUUUGCCCUUCACAAGGCUCCGCUCUCAGUCUCCAAUCUCGUCUCGCAUUCAAUCGAAUCAAAACCCGCAAGGAACAGAAGAAGGAGUUUUCGGUUUCGUAAAAACAGAUUCAACGCCAGGAAAAUAAUAUGUGCAAAACGAAGAACAAAAUAG